AUGGAAGAGAAUUCGCAUUUUUCCCAUAAAAUUUACAAAAAUGAUCCCUUAUUAUUUAAGAGUUACGUUGGUAAAGAAGUGAACAUUUCAACUGAAGAUAAUAACACGAUUUCUGGUUUUGUUUAUACGGUUGAUCCGGUAUCAGAAAGUAUUGUACUCCUACAAGGCUGCCAACAAAAUAAUUUAAAAAUUGUAUUUGGUCAUGCGAUAAAAAAUAUAGAGAUCUCUCCAAACCAAUUAUGCGAAUUACCACAAUUGUUUAUGAACGCGCCAACAAGUAUUCUUCGAUCAACAGUAGAGAAGCGAAAAAGUGCUGUAAUAAAAUUAUUGCAAGAAAAUAGAUUCCCCGUAAAAGAACAGAACGAUAUUUUAACAAUAGAAAAUGUACUUUCAAUAAAACCACCGUAUGAGCCCGCCGAUUGCAUUUGCGAUAAUAGCAUUAUCUUAGGAAGAAUUCAAAAUCUUCUUUCCCGUAUACAAAUUUGA